AUGUAAAAUCAGCAAAAAUUGACUCAUGUUGAAAACUUGAAUAAUAUCUUCUCGAAAAACAGUAAUUAAUAAGUUGAUAAACAUUAUUUAGCAAAUGAUGAAAAUCCAUAAUAAUUCGCAAUUAGAAGCUCAAAUGAUAUAAGAUUAUAAGAAGCACUAAACAAAAUGUAAUAAAAAUAAAUAAGAUAAUUGUAUCUGGACAUAGGUCCUAUUUAUGAUAUUGAUGAAAAUUAUGAGACUCGAAAUUUCCAAGAUGGUAGUUGUUAUUUUGGGUAAUUGAUGAAUGAUUAGAAGAGUGGAACAGGGAUUAUGGUUUGGUCUGAUGUAGGAAAUAUACUAGAUGGAUUUUGGGUAAAUAAUGAGCUAAAUGGAUUUUGUAGAAUGAUUUAUUCAAACGAAGAUAUUUUCUAAUGUAAUUUCAAAUUUGGGAAGGCUAAUGGAUUUGGAUUGUUCUAAAACAAGGUUAAAGUUGUAAAAGGAUUAUGGACGAACAAUGUACUAAACGGAGAGGGAUAAGAAAUACGAAGCGAUGGAUAAAAGUAUUACGGGUAGUUUAAGGAUGGAUAGAAAAAUGGAAAAGGGAUUAUUUUUUAUAAGGAUGGAUGCAAGUAUGAAGGAGAGAUCAGUAGGAAUAAAAUAAAUGGAAAGGGCAUAUUGGUUUGGAAUGAUUCGAGCUAUUAUGAAGGGGAAUUUAGGAAUGGUAUAAUAAAUGGCAGUGGGGUUUACGUUAGUGGAAAUGGUAAGAGUUUAAGUGGAUAUUUCGAAGAAAUUAGUAAUAAGGAUAGAAUUUAGAGAAUUUAAUGUAUAAAUAAUAAUGGUUCUGAAAAUUUGAUUGAGAAAAUAAGAUAAUUAUGA